AUGUUUGCCUCCACAUACCACAGAAGAAAAAAGUUACCUGUUCUUGAGGAAAAAAGAAAACAGUCUCUCCGCAGCAGGUUACAGGUCGCAACAUUCGAGAGAUCCCAGCUUCCCAGGACUGUCUUUGACCAAGGUCCCAUCUGUUCAAGGUUCAAUGAGAUACAUGUACAUGAGUUGCGUUUGCCUUCAUCCAACGAGGGAGAAGCAAAAGGAGCAAAGGAAUGUGUGGGACUCAAGAAGGUGCACGGUGGAGCUGUCAGCCAGAGUCUCUUUGCACGAGGGCUCUUCUUUGUCGUUUUCUGCCGUCUCUGUCCCUAUCCAACAUUGCAUGAGCAAAAACCAGAAAUUGAGGAAUUCCAAAACCAAGAUCAUGCGCCAAUCAAGUGCAAAGGUUUCACUUUGACCAUAAUGAUGGCCCAUGACAGGGACAUACGAGAGGCAAGCAUGAGGGGGAGCGACGCAUACGGCUGUGACAAUACGCACAAAACCAAGCUGAUCCGUCCACAGUAUACUAUGUGGUACGUCGAGGGUUUUAGUUAUCUGUGCCAAACACCAUCUAACAAAAUACAUAUUACUUCACAUGUGAUGAUGUGGAUUCUGCUGAUACUGGGCGAUCCAGAUAGUAAAACUCAGAACCAUGGCGUUAUCACAGGUUCUUGCCCGGUUUCAAGCUGCAUAGAACCCCAGCAGGUCUACACCUCCAAGCAAUGCUACGGUUUACGUGCGGUCUCUGCUGUGGAUUAAUUGAUGUACCUGCACUAGAGUCCACACGCUCGUGAGCAACGGACGAGGACGAAGAUGAAUUCUGACCACCCCCACGUGUGACCUCUUUGUCACACGUGUGAUUGCUCAGAGGCAGACGACACGGAGAAAGAAGGAACACCUUUUGUGUCUCCUGUACGCGCGCGCGCGCGUGUGAGAUAGAGAGAGAGAGAGAGAGAGAGGGGUUCCCAAGAAGCUCAAACUCCAAUAUGUACUGUUCGUUGAUGCUCAAGAUUAACUCUGCAGAUUCACAUACUGUUUCCUGCAGCAAAUGAUGCAGUGGACGACCAUGCACCAGCUUGUCUUUGUUCUUUGACCUAGAAAAUGGUGGGAGUCCUCGGAGUAGAAACAUCAGAGACAAAAGCUCAGGCAAGUGCAUGUCACCAGGAAUCUCUUUCUGGGUUGAGUGGGAACUGGAUUAUCUUUUUUCUUUUAGUUCCUCUGGUUGUCUUCAAUGCAACACUUGGCUGGCCAUGGACCAGCAUGUCUUUGUUCUUUGACACCAUGGUGGAGUCCUCAGAGCAAAACAUUAGAGACAAUCCCAAGCUGAAGCAGAUGUAUAAAGAGAAUGAUAUGAUGAAGAAACUAUUGUCUGGGUUGAUGAAGAACAGAGAGUUGGGACAGGACUGUGAUGCUUCCAACCAACAUGUUGCAGGAAGAUCCUAAACCCACUCUGGCAAAGCACGCCCGCUCGUGUCUUCAUGUCCGCAGAGCUUUUGUAUGCUUCAGGACUCGUCCUUGUUGAUGUUGCUAUCUGCUGCACGCUUUGGACGUGGAUGCGUCUGCUGAAAGCUCAGUAUAUAUUAUCAGUUGUUCCAUCAUGCGUUAUGUAUUAGCUCUAAUUUUCUUCGGUCAAUGCCAUCAAUUGUCAGAUAUGUUUUGUUCUACGUGCAUUACAACAAAACGUUGUCUUCUCCAGCCUUCUUGUGCUUGACAAUGUUGCACCUCAUUCACUCACAGCCAAACUCUUCUUUUAAGAACCAUUUGUUUGACAUUUUCUGCA